AUGCUGAAGGGGUCGAAUCUAUCCCUGAAUCUUGAGAACGCGGGUUGGAGAAGUAGCGGCGGACCCUUCGAUGACGGGAUGAACAUCAAGAAGGCAAAGGAGGUAGAGGAUGAUACCUUUGUUCUUGACUGGGCGGCAAGAUCAGCUCCUGUAACAUACCCGCGAUGCGCGAGAGGGGAAGCGCCGAAACGGACGGGCAGACCGGACCUUUAUCUCUCAAAGCCUCUGGACUUCAAUAUAGUCUACCCAUUCAUUCGCACCUUCGUUGGCGAUUUCUUUACUAGAAAACAAUCCCGCUUGUAUAAGCUAUCACAAUUAGCCAUGACUGCGAUCCUUCAAACUUUCGCUUGUUUCUUUUCCCUUUCGAUCGCCUUCGCGCUGCCAUCUAACCUGGUAAGGCUACCUCUAGCCAAACGAGACGUCGAAAGCAUUCCAUCAGAAGUCAACACAACAAUACGAAACCCUCUCACAGCACAGCCUGUCGCAUGUCUCGAUACCCGCCGGCUACCAACGCUGGUCCCAUCAGAUUGCGGCUACGUCCUCAACUUCAUUAUCCUCCAGGAGCCCAACGUCUUUGCAAAGCGCGUUUUCAUUCGCAACUCAUACCAGACCGAAGCCAGGGGAUACGCUCGAUCUCGAUGGCAGUACGGCAGUUGCGAAGUUUCAGUCUACGGUCCUCCAGGUGCCAGGCAGCUGCUCACUUUCCUCGAGGUCGCUUUUACGGCGGACAAUAUCGUUCGUGAGUGUGUCACUGGUUUUGUGGAUCCGAUAGGGGGCGUGAGUCUUGUAGGCGAUGCGAGCGAAGCGUUUUAUGUUUAUCUUCGGGGUCAUGUGGAGCCUGAAAGCAUUUCUGCUAAGAACUCCACUAUUUCUCAGCGGCCAGCUGUCAGCGUGUCUAGGCGAACGAUGCGAUCUCAAAAGGACUCUGAAAAUGGUGCAGGAUCUCAGAGAGUAGAGACCAGGGAUCCUUCGAUGGGCGCGUCUCGCGUGUCCAAUCUCCCCACUGUCACUUCGAACUUCACCCUCAGUCCAGCGGCGCUUCCCAGGUACCCAGUACACUGCUUCAACCCCUUCAUUAUCCAUUUACAGCCCGCCGCAGCAACAGACUGCGGCGUGAUCAUCAACCAAGUCAUCCUUCGCCUGUUCGACCCGACGAGCCAGUUGAAUUUUGGCUUCACAGACGCUGCAGAUGUCGAUUUGUCAAAGCCAGAGUAUCAGAAAUGGCAGUAUGGACAAUGCAUGAUAUCCGUGAAGAAUAACAAUGUGGCUCAAGUUGAUACCUUCCGGCUGCUUGAUGUAGCAACGACCGCGAGAAGGAUCAGCACGCAAUGCCUAGUCAACACGCAAGACAAGAUCGGUGGCGUUGCGAGUAUUGGUACUGAUGGGAGAGGCUUCUAUGUUUAUGUUGGCGGUCGGUUAGCUUCGAGCCCCGCCUUAAGUGAUCUGACGCUUUUGCGCGAGAGUACUGGGGCAGAGAGCUUUUAG